AUGCUCCGGCGAGCUAAUAGCGAAGAGAGUCUUCUGACGCUCAUCUCGGCGGCCCAGCUGAGUGCCACUCGGGAUGCGGGACGCGCCGCGGGCGACGACAGUUCUAUAUGGUCUGCUGUUUCUGAAGAGACAUAUUCCAUUGGAUCACUUCCACUAUUUGGCACGAGAAUCCUGGCGUACACGAGGAUCCGCGAGCUUCCGAUCUUGGCGGGUACUUUGAAAUCGGAGCUUGCGUGUUACCUUUCUACGAGCGUGGUGAAGGAAGGUGGGCCUCCUUUGCUUACUGUGCACUCGAAUAAGUUUCACUUUUUGGCUAGGAAUGCUCCACUACUUACGAUUUGCCGGGACGGGUCUGAUUUUUGCAAGGUGUAUUUCAAGAUUAUUUCUAAUAACUUGACCUGCUACGUUUUCAUGUUUGACGAGGGCGAGAAGCUCUUCCUUUUUAAUAAUGCGAUUAAGCCUUCUCUGGAUAUGAUCUAUAAGGGUACGAGAAUGCGGAUCUUUGGCGCCUCGGGCGCUGCUUCUACGUAUGGAAAUGGCCACAUUAAAGCUUUUGCCCUUUCUGACAACUCACCUGUUUUGGCUGACGGCCUAAUACCUCCAGAUUCUGCUGCAACGAUAAAGGAUGUUAAGAUUAAGUUUUCAGAGCACAGUCCGCUUUACGAUGCCGUCACCAAGCAGCGUAAAACCCAAGUGUCUCAAAUACUUGCGCUGGGAGAACCGCUUGUCAAUUAUCCUGUUGCCAGUUUCCUAGAUCACGGAAAGCAGAAGGUGGAUGGGGUCAAGUUGGAUGGAGCAAUUCGUAUUUUUGAAGCAAACAACGGUGAAGACUCAGAAGUCAGCCGAGACACUUUAAUUCUUACCACCGUGAUGUUGGUGUUGACGGAACAGGAGGUACGUAAGAUGAGAGGUAACAACAAGCCUUCUUACGUCAGGCCUCCAGAGCAUGUCUGA